AUGGUUCUCUCAAAGCCCGACGAUGCUCCCGUGCAAACGCUCUUCGAUUUGACGGGUAAAGUUGUUGCAAUUACUGGUGGUGGCCGAGGAAUUGGCUUGUCGGUGGCUACUGCGUAUGCCGAAGCUGGCGCCAAAAUUGCGAUCAUAUAUCGCACGACAGUCACAGCCCCAAAAACUGCGGAAGAACUUGCUUUCAAGUAUCAAACACAGGCUCGCGCCUAUCAGGCCGAUGUCACCAAGUCCGCAGAAAUCUCGGCGGUCAUCAACCAAAUCGCGGAAGACUUUGGAAAACUUGAUGUUAUUGUUGCCAAUGCGGGCAUUUGCUCCGAGCAUGCAGCGGAAGAAUACUCCCCGGAGGAGUUCCAGGAAAUCAUGGAGGUGAAUGUCAAUGGUGCAUUUCACACCGCACAAGCUGCUGCGAAGAUCUUCAAGCGACAGGGAUACGGAAAUGUGAUCUUCACAGCCUCUGUCAGUGCUUUGCUUGUGAACACGCCCCAAAGACAGGCUGCAUAUAAUGCGUCGAAGGCAGGUGUUCUGCAGCUGGCGAAGUCACUUGCAGUCGAGUGGGUGGACUUCUGUCGGGUCAAUGCUGUCUCACCCGGCUACAUUCAAACUCAGAUCAUGGAAUAUGCACCCCAAGAGAUGCUUGAUAAAUGGCUGAGCCAGAUUCCUGCCCGCCGAUUUGCUUCUCCGUAUGAGCUCAAGGGUGUCUAUCUAUUCUGUGCAUCAGAUGCCUCUAGUUAUAUGACAGGUUCAAACCUGGUUGUUGAUGGCGGGUUUACUCUGCCCUAG